GCAGAAGAAUCAGGAAGCCCAUAAGAAGGGAUCAUUUUCCUCAACCAACUCAGAGUUCUACAAACCCAGAAAAAAUGCCUUCGAUUGCCGAACUGCGUCCUGCCCCACCCACGGUGGUAGGCCCAACCACCAAGAAGGCGACUCGUCCCAGCACAACGCUGCCCCAGUGGCUCAUCGACGGUGCUCGCAUGCCCGAAAAGCAAGUGUUCGAUGCGGAGAGGCACCUGGAAUUCCAGCCCCCCAAAGGAAUCACCACGAUGAAGGAGAUAGGCCUUGAAGGUCAUGGCAUCUCGCCUGUGGCAGCCUCGGACCCCUUCCCGCUGUUCACCACCGAAGCCAUCAAGCAGAUCCGAGCGGAGAUCUUCAGCGAGCCCGUCCUGCGGGACUGCCAGUAUACAUCGAGCUUUGCAAAAUACAUGGUCCGAGGCAUGGGACGAGAACGCGCCCCCUUUACCUGUGAUGCCUGGAGCUCACCGGAGCUCCUCCGUCGAGUGUCCCAGGUGGCCGGCGUUGAUCUCGUGGUAUCAUUCGACUAUGAGAUUGCCAAUAUCAAUAUUUCUGUGGACAAUGAUUCCUCUGCUAUCGCAAAGGGCGACGGUAACAAUGACUCUUCGGCCUUUGCAUGGCACUAUGACAGCUUCCCCUUUGUGUGUGUGACGAUGCUUUCGGACUGCAGUAACAUGGUGGGUGGAGAGACUGCGAUCAAGACUCCCUCUGGUGAGAUCAGAAAGAUCCGUGGACCUACAAUGGGAACUGCGGUGGUUAUGCAAGGACGGUAUAUUGAACACGCAGCCCUCAAGUCCAUGGGAGGCCCCGAGCGUAUCAGUAUGGUGACUGCCUUCCGACCCAGGGAUCCCACGAUUCGCGAUGAGCUGAUCUUGACGGGAUCCCGGGCGAUCAGCAACUGGUCGGAGCUGUACCACGGGUUCACCGAGUACCGGCUGGAGGUGCUUGAGGAACGACUGCGGUUGAAGCAAAAGCAGGAGCAGAAGAGGGUGGACACCAAGCGUCCUUUCAAUAUCCGUGAGAUGACUGCCUUCCUUAGGGAGCAGCAGGCCUUCCUGGAAGCCACAAUUGCUGAGCUGAUUGAGGUGGAGGACAUGGAUUAAAUUUUAUUUUUAACAAUCAAUUAGCUUAUAUAUUCAAUG